GCGUGUUUGGAGUCACGCCAGAAAGGCGAUCGUGUUUGGAUCUUGAUGGGGCGCUACGUUGCUGCAUGGCUCGCUGCGCUCUCAGCGACGGCAAGAGCCGCGACGACGACAGUCGUGCCGUACCCGAACGAAAGCUCGAGCAUCGAAGCCUUGGAGUACACGACGGCGCAGAUCGACUUGCAGGCCGACCAAGCCACCGACAUUGCGACGCCAUCCAUCAACCUCGAUUACUAUGAGUACAACGUCAUCGACGACAAGGCGAGUCCUCAAUAUACGGUCAGUCUUCUCGUCGAUCCGUGCAGCUCGUCGGGGCCAGGCUGCUGCCAAGAUCAGUUUGGGACUCCCGCGUACGUGGUGCCAGGUUCCAACAUCAACGCCAACGGCGUGGCGUCGCUGCUGGACGAGUACGGCGCUCCGAUGGCCGCCCGUGUGAGUCGAAUUGGCGAUUUUCCAUCUAUUUUUGAUCCCGACUGCCUCGUGGACGCUGCAGGCAAGGUGUACCGCAACACAACCGUGCACGCUGCCGAUGGGACCCUCUCAUUUACGAUCGACUACACUUCGACCUGCGUCGACUUGGAUUUUGCGAUCGAAUCGAGUGCGAGCCAGAGCUUUCCUGCCUGCUGGGACAACAACGGGUCGGUGAAUGCUCUCUCGUCGUGCUACACGUUCGAUGGCCGCGUCAAGCCCCACUGCGUCUCGGUCGCCUACAUGCAAACAGCGUGUAUCAUGCAGUGCAUGGGCGUCUUUGCGCUGGACAACCACUGCGGCACGUUUCUCGAGCUCCACAAACCCGACGACGAAACGAUCUUGGCUCAAACGCGCCUCUUUGCAGAGCUCCCAAGUGGCUACCGCACAACAACUCUGCCGCUUUUCUAUCAGGGCAAUACGUCGCGCACCGUGUGUCUCGGCGAUUAUGAGAUUUGGUGGGUACUGCGUACGCAGUACAAGUUUGUCGUGCAGUACCGCAAGAAACUGCGUCUUGGAGGUCCCAUAUGUGAGUUUGAUUUGGUCACCAACGCGUACCGAGGCUACACAACGCUAAAUGCAUAAGAGAAGAUUGCUACUAGUAUUGUGCAGAUUCCA